AUCUGACAGUGAAAUUCAGCCGAGUAAGUUACAUGAGGAGCGGUAGCAGGUUUUGUGUAGGAAGAAAUGGAUCCUUAUUCUUGUUCACAUCAUAACGGGGAAGGUCAGCAAUUCCGGUGACAAUAGACGGGGCAAGCACAGUUUCUAUAUUGAGACAUUAGUUUGUUUCAGGCUGUAGGGUUGUUAAAGUUGCACAGCAGAAGUCUCGCGCUUGUGUGAGGAGGUACGUUGUCACGCUAAGCGCUACAGUUCCUGGGAAUAGUGUACAACCAACUGUACGUGCGUUAACUGUUUAUUUAUGUGCAAAAAGGCUGUUGGGUUUGUUGGACUCGUCUUAAUCAGACAGUCUGUUGACAUCACUACACGAUAAGGAAGUUCGGCAAUGCCUGAAGAUGCUGUGUCCACCAGUGACCAAUCAGCUUUGAGUAUAGAUAGAGAUCAUCCUAGGAGGUAUUCAUCAGCAUACAGCGACAUGCAGCAGGUGUUCCACCUGUCGAUGUGCGGGUGUGGAUUCCUGGGCAUGUAUCACCUAGGGGCAGCAUCAUGCCUGGUGCGACACGGCCAGGGGUUCCUGAGAGGGGUGGACAAGGUGGUCGGUGCCUCGGCUGGCUCCCUGGUGGCCUCUGCGAUAGUCACAGACCAGGACAAGUUAAAGGAUUGUAUAAAGUUCACAUAUGACCUUGCAGCAGAAUUGCGGUCCAAACCUGUAGGGGCCUUAACUCCGGGCUAUAAUCUGAUGAAGCCGUUAAAAAAGUUCCUGGAGAGAUCUAUGCCUGAGGAUGCCCAUAUACGUGCCUCUGGAAAACUUUACAUCUCACUGACCAAUGUAAAAACAAGAAAAAAUGAAAUCUUUUCAGAAUACAACAACAGAGAAGAGUUAAUAAAGUGUCUUCUGGCCAGUAGCUACAUUCCCCUCUAUGCCGGCGUCAGGCCUCCCAAGAUACGAGGACGGCGUUACAUGGACGGUGGAUUCACAAACAACCUGCCAGUGUUCGAGGAUGGCUUUACGGUGAGGGUGUCCCCCUUCAGUGGAGGGCAGGAGAUAUCGCCUCAGGACAAGCGAGGUAUGGGGCUCUUCUUCAACCUACACAGUCAAGAUUUCCAGCUGAACCGCAGAAACAUCGCCAGAGGCCUGCACGCUUUCUUCCCUCCCUCCAAAGACACUCUGACCAAAUAUUUCAACCGUGGCUAUCACGACGCUGAAACAUUUCUCAAGUCCAGGAACUUUUUCGAGCCAGAACGCAAAAUAACAGUCAUGUCAGACUUGCCAGUGAAACCAUCACCUCAUAAUAGGAAUAGGAGGUUGAUUGUGUGGAGGGAAACAACAGUGUGAUUGUACAGCCGUAUAAUCUGGCUGCAAAAUUCUGCAUAGAAACAGAAAGUGAGAUCUGCGGAUAAAAACGGGUGCAGUGUACAUGUGGCUUCUUCAGGGAUAUGGGAUCAGUGCCUUUGCUUCAGUGUUUCAUCUGUCGUUUUGAUAACAACGUUGUUUCUUUUCAUGUCUAAAUAGGCACUUUUUAGCAGAAAACGGUAAACUGAAUACCCUAUGAUUAAAAUUUGCUCUAGGACAUUUCAGUUCAAAGCUCAACACUUGGUUAUGGUCUGUUUGAAAAACUAUAGAUAUGCUUAAUAAUUACUAGCAUGUAUUGUCUCAUUGACAAGAUAUAGAUCGACCUGUACAUGUACAACCAGAGAUCCCUUGUGUGAGGGUUGUAUGUACAUGUAUAUCUGGAAGACAUGUUUAGUUACCAUUACUGAGGGUAGGGUCAAGCAUUGCCAUUUACACAGCAAAGCUAUCAAAGAAGGACACUGUGCAUUUACUACUUAGUGGUGAACUGAAAGGCCACCACACAGUGCCAGAUAGGUGUAAACGUUUUUGAGUCACACAAUAUAGAAUGGUUCUGUUUGCCCUACCAUGACAACAUAUGUUUGUAGAGAUAUGAAGUGCACUUAGCUAAGGACAACCUUACACUCAGUAUGUUUCAUGAAACCGGCCCCUGCUCAAUGUGUAGAAUCCAUGAAUGUUUGCAGGUAGACUUGUCUGUUCUAUCCACAGCUUUAUGUACAUGUUUAGCAGUAUCACAAGUCAGAUCCACAAGUGACUUUUUGGCUAGACUCCUGAGGGAUGUAGUCAGGGAAACAAUGGAGUGGCAAUUUGAUUGGUCACUUAAUUAACCUUUAAUAUGGUGGCCCCAUAUUUUUAAAAUAUUUUAGUCAUUAACCCGAAAGUUAGUCCAGGUGUCCCUUUAUGUUUUCUGGAAAUUUAUGUACAGUAUCUUUGGUGGACAUCCUUAUAAAUAUAAUACACAACAAUGCAGUAUUUUUUUGCAAAAUAAGGGUAAAGAUGCAACAGAGUAAGGUUGAUUACCAGAUACAAACAUGAUCGUUCCACCCUAGUUACUGCAGUAGCUCUGCUUUCAGAGACCCAUACGUUUGCCCGUGUUUAGGCCUCCAAAAAAGUGCUAAAGAAACAUGAAAACUGUUUCAGAAAUUGAGCUUCAAAAUUUAAAUGUAAAAUUAUUUUUUCUAAAAGAUAAUUUAUGUUUUUUGAAACAUAUGCAUUUGCAUCUGUAUUUUUGGAAUUUCUGGAUAUACCUGUAGGUACAUGUAAAGCAGCCAUACUGAAUUGGAUACAUGUAUAUCA